ACACACUAGCGCGUGAGAGCUGCAGGUUUACACGCUUUACUUUGUGCGCCGUGUUUUACAAACGCGCGAGGCGGCGGAGUGAAUUUGAGUGUUUUCUGCUAACGCGGCUCUCCUCACACAGACGGGUUUAUGAAGAGGACAACUUCAUCCUGAGACAAGAACCUCUGUGUUUAGGUGAAACGACAUAGACAGGCACCAUUGUCCAGUCAUAGAACAGACAAACCAUGUCUGGAUAUUGGUUGACCUCAUUUCUGUUACUGUCCACAACCUAUGAGCUCUUCAUAGUGGCCCUUUCAGUGGAGAAUGACACACAAGAGAAGUCUAAGAAUGAUGGUCACGAAAUGGACAUCACCCAAAGCAAGAUUGUAAUGGCACAGUUUGAAUGCUACCAGAAGAUUGCAAAAGAUCACUCUGAUCACAGUCAAGCAGGGGUGCUGUCGUGUAACCGCACAUGGGAUGGUUGGCUGUGCUGGGAUUACGUAGAGACUGGAGUCACCGCAACUCAACACUGCCCAGAUUACUUCCAUGACUUUGACACCUCAGCGGUGGCAACGAAGAUCUGCACGGAGGAUGGCCAUUGGUUCGUCCACCCUGAGAGCAACAGAACAUGGACCAAUUACACAAGCUGUUCAACACAGCUCAACACCGAACACGGCAAGACGGCGCUGAACCUCUACUAUUUGAUUCUUAUUGGUCAUGGAUUGUCUUUGAUAUCUUUGUCUGCUUCUCUGGCAAUAUUUUUCCAUUUCAAGAGCUUAAGUUGCCAGAGGAUUACACUCCACAAGAACCUUUUCUCCUCCUUCGUCUUAUUUUCAAUUGUAACCAUCAUUUGGUUCAGCGCUGUUGUCAACAAUGACAAGUUAAUACAAGCAAACCCAGUGAGCUGUAAGGUGGCCACGUUCAUCCAUCACUAUAUUCUGGGCUGUAUGUACUUCUGGAUGCUGUGUGAGGGGAUCUACCUACACACGCUCAUUGUGGUGGCUGUGUUUGCUGAGAAGCAGCACCUGAUGUGGUACUACCUGCUGGGCUGGGGAUUUCCUCUCAUUCCGGCUUUGAUACAUGCUGCAGCCAGAAGUUAUUACUACAACGACAAUUGUUGGAUCAGUUCAGACACGUCUCUGCUUUAUAUUAUCCAUGGGCCUAUUUGUGCUGCUUUACUGGUGAAUCUGUUCUUCCUCCUCAACAUCGUCAGAGUAUUAAUAACCAAGCUGAAAGUGACCCACCAGGCGGAGUCCAGCCUCUACAUGAAGGCUGUGAGAGCCACCCUGAUCUUGGUGCCUCUCCUGGGCAUCCAGUUUGUCCUAUUGUCCUACAAACCCGCAGGACGACUCUCCUUUGAAAUCUACGAGUAUGUGAUGCACAUCCUGAUGCAUUACCAGGGUCUCCUGGUGGCCACAAUCUUCUGCUUCUUCAAUGGGGAGGUCCAAGGUGUGUUACGGCGGCACUGGAACCAGUACCGCAUGCAGUUUGGUGGCACCUUCUCCAAUCACGAAGCCCUGCGCUCUGCAUCCUACACCGCCUCCUCCAUGACGGAGGUGCAUCGUUGCUACAGCAUCGACGGACACAUGGAGACACUGAACGGAAAGAGCUUCCACAACAUGGAGGCCACCAUCCUUCGAUCAGAUAACCUGUACAUGUGAAAAGGCCACUGAUGUGAGCAUUUAACUCAGAGGACCUGACUACAAGACUUAAGGUUCAAAUGUUCCCACUGGGAUCUAUUUUGACUGGACCUUGAAGUCCUUUCGGGACCAAGAAAGGGCCAUUGAAAAAGGCUUUUAAACAACACCACUCUCCUUGAUUUCUUAAGGAGGAUAGGAUUCUUAAUCACGUGGAGUACAGAGGAAAGCUAGCACAUACAUUACUGCGUCCUUCAACCAGUUAACUCUGAAAGCACCAUCCAAUGGUUGUGUCUUCCAGCCUUAAACAGGACAGCGUUUGGGAUUAGCAACCAGCAAGAGUCUUUAAACGAAUUAAUGUGGAUUAAUGUGGAUCACUCUGGCAUUGAAAAGAAAGUUCUAUGAGAUUCCAAAA